GACGGCUGUACCGCACAUUUUGGCCCAAAACGCAAACUCUCUUUGCAUAGCAAGUCUGGGAUACACCUGUCGGGUGAGCCAUACCGGUGCCCGCGACGGUUGUGUGGAUUUGAGACCAUUUUCCGACUGGAGUUACGCCAACACUUGGCCGACCACUCGCGCGAAGAAACUGCCGCUAAUGUGCCGAAAAUGGGCGGUAAAUACCGGUGCGCUUAUGAGGGGUGCGGGCGGGUGUUCCGCGAAAUGGGAUCCCUUCGAGAGCACCGAAAGGCCAGACAUUUGGGUAAACGGUUUUUCUGCGAUCACCCGAACUGUUCCGCCCAUUACUCCAGUUCUCAGGCUCUAGUGGACCACCAGAAGGCCGGCGCUCACGUGUUGGGACAGCCGUUCAGCUGUCAGUUUAAGGACUGCGCCUUUCGGACGCCGGACAGGAAGGCGUUAGUCCGACACUUGGGGGACCAUAAGGGCACCGAUCGGCUGCUACCGAAUCGGCCGUACGCUUGCGAUUGGAAGGGCUGUGCCCUGAGGUUUACGUCCCGCGACCAGUUAGCUCAACACAAACGCCAUCACUUGACACUCACCUACCGGUGCGACGAAUGCCGGCGCGAGUUUCCAAAGGAACAGCUGCUGAAGUUUCAUAAGAUGAGUCGCCACCGAUCGGACUACCGGUGCGAUUGGGAGGGAUGUGAGUACAGGACUGGCUAUCGGUCGGUGUUAAGGUUACACCAGAGGAAGCACUCGGAGCCUACGAAACGGGAGUUUAAGUGUCGAGUGCCCGGCUGUCACAAAACAUGUCACUCCAACACUCAAGUUAUGACCCACCAGUUGAGAACACAUCCACACCUGUUCCCCGACAUACCGUUCCUUCACUGCCCGCAAAAGGACUGCGAGUUUAAGUCUAAACACAAGUCGGCUUUUGCUAUACACGAGAGGAGUCAUACGAAGCCAUUCCAUUGCUCUGAAUGUGAGAAACGGUUCGGCACUAAGAAGAGUCUUACGGACCACUCGCGCACUCAUAACGAGUCACUGAAAUACCGGUGCGAUUGGCACGGGUGUAACGACUCAUUCACUACACACGACGCUAUGAGAGACCAUAUCAAUACGCAUACCGGAGCCGUGGUCUACCGGUGCGAGUGGCCGGGCUGUGAGAAGGAGUUCAUUCACAGGACUUCACUCAUUCAUCACCGACGGAGGCAUAAGUUGUCGGAAAAGGUUGACUACCGGUGCCAUUGGCCGGAGUGUGAGUACAGUACUAAAGACUCGCGGAAUUUGAAAACACAUAUCGAUAGACAUAACGGUGUUGUGAAGGACAGCCGGCGCUCUCGUAAGACCAUUAAGACCGAGGAGUCUGUAAAGACUUGA